AUGGGCAAAAAGAAGAGCAAAAACAAUAGCACGGGAGCCGCCUCGAGUGCACCAGCAAAAGCGCCCAUUACGACCUCGACUGUCGCAACGGAUCCCAUACUUGGCUACAGGAUCCGAGUUCUUCUCCACGAUUUCCUCAACGUUACUAAAGACUCUCGCUCACAGAAGCGCCUCAACUCUACAAUCGACGAACACUAUAUCAGUGGCCCAUAUUUUGAUGGGGGACAAGCAGCGACGGUCAAAGCGGCGAUUAUAGAUGUUGACCUUGUCAAGCAUGUUGCAGCUGACGGUAUUGAAGAUAUCGAUGGAGAUUUGAUCUCACAACAAGGGGAUAGUUUCGAAACCGCAGUUCGAACACUUCUGGGUGGUUUCCUCGACAAACGACGUGCUAGCGGCGAUGCUCGACCGUGCGGACCUCAUCAUUUGGCGCCUUUAUAUGCCAAGUUCUUUGGGAUUGAUUUGGAGGAACUCAAAGAGGAUAAGUUCCUAGGUCGUCUGAGGAGGGCCGGCAUCUAA